AUGGGGAUCCACCCCGUCCGCAACUCCUGGGGUAAAGCUUUGUCGGAUGAGCGCGUGGCGGAGAUUGACUGGAACUACUUGGGUGAGAAGUUCUCCAAGGAGAUCUACUCCUCCGACUUCGCUCUGCAGUAUGCCCUGGCUGCACGGGGCUGGGUGAUCAUGCCCUGGGAGGAGGCAGCACAGAUGCACAACGACAAGGAGGUCCCUCUGGCCGGCCUGAAGGACGCGGCCUUCCGGCACUACUCGGGGCCGGUGGGGAAGCCGACCUACGAGCUGAAGAUGAGGAAGGAGGACAACCGCCUGGUCAAAGAGCAGCCAGCAAAAUACCGAGGGAAAGAUCCCAACUGCCAGCUGUGCUACAACCUGGACCGCUACAAGGCGCUCUAUGGGUCCUCCCGCUGCACCAGCGAGAUCCCGUUCACGUACUCCAAGCUUCUCAUGGAGAGGUACCACCCGGAGCUGAAGAAGCGGCCUUGCGAUCUGCAGUGGCUCUGUGUCAUAACUCCGUGGGAGGUGGCAACACGGAAGCGCGUGCAGAGGCCGGGCCCCUCUGUGGCCGGGGUGAUCGGCUGGCUUGACGCCAGGAAGGUGCCAUCGCCGGAUCCGGAGGAGAUGUUCCAGCCACUGAGCGAGGAUGAGAAUGACAGCGUGGGCACAGGCGAAGACCACCAGUACGGCAAGAACUGGCAGAAGGUGCGACGCGCCUUGGGCGCGGCCGCAGCUUUCAACGGGCUCUUGCAGGAUGUCCGGGAGAGCCAAGCCAACAGCCUCUACGAGCGGGACUGGAACCGACCCCAGUUCGGCGGCAGCGCGAAGCUUAUGGGCCACAGGAUGCCCACCCAGUUCCUCGGCCCGGGCCUCCGCACCGUCACCGGGGACUCCAUGCUCGGCCAGCGCUCCGCCAAGCUCGGGGUCCGGGCGAAGAGUCAGAAGAUCGCCGCGGUGGCCAACGCCGGUGAGGACGUCUCCAUGUCCCGCGCCAAGUCGCAGAAGGUCGCCUCCUUCGCUUCCUUCGGCGACGCGGAGGGGCCCUUGGUGCCGGGAGCGUCCGCCGCCCGCAAUUCCGGCGGCGCGCAGAAGGCAUUUGGCGAGGAGAGGGAAGCGAGGGAGAGGGAGGGCGGCGGGUCCCGGAACUAUGCGCAGAAGGCCACCGCCAUCUUCGGCGCCGGCGACUUCGAUGCGCUGAGCCCGGGUAGCGGCAGCCCCACUAGCAGCGUGGCCUCGCCCAAGGCGAAGGAUCCGAAGUCUGCCAUCUCGAGGCAGCCCAGCCGCAAGAAUGCCUCGAAGGUCAUGGUCAGGACCGUUUCAGAGGAGGACCAAGCCAUCGCUGAGGCGGCCGCCCGCAAAGCGGCCGCCGAUGCGGCGAAUGAAGCUCCGAACCGGGAGGACAAGGCCACCCCCCGCUCCAUCGCCGAGCACACGGCCCGCGCUGCGGGCGCUUCGUCCCGCGGGGCCCCGGCGACGCAGUCCGGGCGCAGCCAGCCAUCGGAGCGCUCGGAGCAGUUGGGUCGCGGCGAGGCCGCGAAGGGUGACGCCCUCCGCUUCGACCGCGCAAACGUGGCCCCGAGCUCCGGCCGCGGCUCCGAGCGGCCGGAGCGAAGCGGAGAGCUGAAGGGUGAUGCCUUGCGCUUCGACCGGGCGACGCAGCGACGUGGAGAGUCGAAGGGCGAUUCCAAGUUCGAGCGGGUGCAGUCCAACCAGUCGCAGCAGUCCCCGCAGACGCCGCACCGCACCGUGGCAGAGCGGGCGGCCGCAGAAAGGCUACGAGCCAAUGGCGGCAGCGGAGAUUCCUCCAAGUUCGACCGGGCGCACUCGCAGCAGUCCCAGCAAUCGCCGCAGACGCCGCAUCGCACCGUGGCAGAGCGGGCGGCCGAAGAGAGGCUGCGUGCGAAUGGUGGCAGCGGUGACUCCUCGAAGUUCGACCGGGCGCAGUCGCAGCAGUCCCAGCCAUCGCCGCAGACGCCGCACCGCACCGUGGCGGAGCGCGCGGCCGAGGCUUCAAGGCUGAAUGCGGCCAGCGGGGAGCUGAGGGGCGAAGGCUACAAAUUCGGGGGCCCCGCACAGCCUCGGGCUGCGGAGCGGGUUGCCGGAAGUGGAGACCUGAGCGGCGAAGGCUACAAGUUCGGCGGUAGCGGCGCCAGCGGGAGCCGCGGUGGAAGCGGAAGCGGAACCGCGGCCGCGAACGCCGAGGGCAAAGGCAAGGGCAAGGAGGCGAAGCCUCAAGCUCAGAGGUUCAGCAUGGGCUCCGACUCAGACGCCGAAGAGAUGCAGCCCUACGCCUCCGUGCCCUCCGAUGGCGCGAGCUUCUCGCGGAAGCCCUCCGUGGCGCUGACGGUGAAGGAAGGCGAGAUGGACGACAUGACCCGCGAGAAGUCCAUCGUCAUCGCCAAGGCCGCGAAGACGCCCUCCUUGUCCGCCGCCAACGCGCGGAAGGUGAAGGAAGCGUCGGAGCUUCCGGAGGCAGAGGAGGGACAGUUGGUGGAGGCUCCGGCGGAAGAUGGGCAGCUGGUGGGGAAGGACGGCAAGCCCUUGGUGAGAAGGGGCCCGUGCCAUUGCACGCUUUGCACGCUGCUGUGCAAGCUGCGGAUGCUGAUGUGGCAUCUUGUCAGGUACCGGUCAGAAGUCCAGGUUUCAGGUGAGCGGAAUGUCAGCGGAGUAAAGGUCCGCGCUUUGCUCCUGGCGCGUGCGGACGUGCACUCAGAGGAUGCAGAGGCCGAGACGGCGCUCUUCAAAGCGGUCGGCCUCGAGCAGCCGGAGAUGGCGGAGCUCCUGUUGGGCGCCCAGGCGGACGUGAACUGGCGCGGCUCGGAAUUCAGCUUCACCGCCCUGCACCAGGCAGCGUGCCUGAACAACAGCCGAAUGAUCGAGCUGCUGCUCCGCGCGCGCGCGGACGCCGACAUCGCGGACGAGAGCGGGUCCACGCCGCUGAGCUUGGCGACCUCCGUGCGGCACAGGUUGGACUCUGAGCUGGAGGAUGCAGAUGGCGGCACGGUGUGCAUCCGCGAGCUGGAGCGCCAGGCCUUGAUGCGGGACCUCGAGCAGAACUCUGAGAUUCAGGAUUUGUUGGCAGCCAAAGCGCUGCCCGGAAGUGUCUGA